GCUGCAGGGCGGCGUGCGGGCGGGGGCCGCUCCCUCCCCGCGCUCCCUCCUCUCCCCGCCGCGACUCGGGCCCGGCGCGGGCGGCAGCAUGCUGAGCCUCCUCGUCUGGAUCCUCGCCCUCUCCGACACUUUCUCCCAAGGGACCCAGACCCGCUUCAGCCAGGAGCCAGCUGACCAGACUGUAGUGGCCGGACAGCGGGCCGUGCUCCCCUGUGUGCUCCUCAACUACUCUGGCAUCGUGCAAUGGACCAAAGAUGGGCUGGCCCUGGGCAUGGGACAGGGCCUCAAAGAGCCAAGUGCAGAUGAGGAGAGUCCAGGGGGCUGUGGGCAGCUGCUAGUGGCCCCUCGGGGCCUUGUGCGUGUGGCAGCCCCUGCCCAGGCCAUUGGGGACCCAGCCCCACCGUGGGACAUAUGUGGCCCCAACCUGCGCAGGAGCCCAGAAGUGGCCAUGAUUGCGCCACAGAUGAAGAAACUGAGACACAGUGACUUCAGUGACUCAUCAGAGAUCGCACAGCAGGUGGAAAAGUGCCAGGACUUGAAAGGAGAGCAGCCGGACUCUGAGCCCUUCUCCCUGCUAUCCCUUCCCCCAGAGGAUACCAGGAUCGAUGGCGGCCCUGUGAUUCUGCUGCAGGCAGGCACCCCCCACAACCUUACCUGCUGAGCCUUCAAUGCCAAGCCUGCCGCCACCAUCAUCUGGUUCCGGGACGGGACACAGCAGGAGGGCGCAGUGGCCAGCACGGAGCUGCUGAAGGAUGGGAAGAGAGAGACCACCAUCAGCCAGCUGCUCAUCAACCCCACAGACCUGGACAUCGGGCGCGUCUUCACCUGCCGCAGCAUGAACGAGGCCAUCCCUAACGGCAAGGAGACGUCCAUCGAACUGGACGUGCACCAUCCCCCUACUGUGACCCUAUCCAUCGAGCCUCAGACGGUGCAGGAGGGUGAGCGUGUGGUCUUCACAUGUCAGGCCACUGCCAACCCUGAGAUCCUGGGUUACAGAUGGGCCAAGGGGGGGUUCUUGAUUGAAGACGCCCACGAGAGUCGCUAUGAGACAAAUGUCGACUAUUCCUUCUUCACGGAGCCGGUGUCUUGUGAGGUCCACAACAAAGUGGGGAGCACCAAUGUCAGCACUUUAGUGAAUGUGCACUUUGCCCCCGGGAUUGUAGUGGACCCCAAGCCCACAACCACAGACAUUGGCUCUGACGUGACCCUCACCUGUGUCUGGGUCGGGAAUCCCCCACUCACCCUUACCUGGACCAAGAAGGACUCGAACAUGGUAAGACUCUCUCUUCCUGUCCCGAGUGCUGGGAGGAAGGCACAACCACUGACUACAGCAGGGGCAAGGGGCGGGCCAGGGUUCUUUCUCACUGGGGAUAACACUGGGAUCUGGGGAUGUGAGAAGGACAGCACUUGCCGCCAGGGUCCACCCCUUCAUGAACAGGACAGCUGGCCAGUGAGGGGCCAUGGGAGGGAGAAGCCGGUGGUCUGUGCAUGGACAUCAGUGAGGAGGGACAAGGACAGGAGGCCCGAGGUGAUGCCUUGCAGUGGCAGAAAGAGCUGGUGAACUAACGAGGCAUAGGAAAGUGGAGAAGCAGAGAUGACUCCAGCGAGAGACCAGCUAGACCCCAUGGGCCUAGAGACCCAUAUUUGGCAGUUGGGGCCAGAAUAAUAGGAAGAAGAAUUACAGAGUAAGCCAUCAUCUGUUGGCAUCCAGAACACUAGAACAGGUUACUGGGCUCGGUGGCGCAUGCUUGUAAUCCAGCAUUGGGAGGCUGAGGCAGGAGGAUCCUUGUGAGUU